UUUAUUUCCACAUUUUUCACACAUAUUACCCACCAAGUCUCUAGUAAAAAUGUUAAAAAUGUUCAAUUUGGCAAAGAUGUUGACCAUCUUUAUAUAUUUAACCUCCAUCUGUUGCUUUCUUGUUUCAUCUCAAAAUGUAUUAUCUCGAGAUAUAUUAUCUCAAAAUGCAUCAUUUCCAAAUACACCACCCCAAAAUACAUCAGAUCAAGAUAUAUGGUACACUUAUGAAGAACCUAUAGAAGGUCUUAAACUAUAUGAAACUUACACACUUUCAGAAGGUACUUUGAUGAUUUGGAUGGCCUUUGAAGAUAAGGAAGAUCCAUCAUGCAUGUUACCUUAUUUUCAUUUACGAUUGAUAGAAAGAACAGGACGAAUAACAUAUAUAGACCUUAAUUACACUUUUCCUCCAGAAGCAGUUUGCCCCAUUAAUAUAACUUAUAUACCUUUAGGUUAUAAUUACAUAAUGAUAAUUUAUGUUAAAUCAAACAAUGGUGUUAAGGGAAAGUAUGGCUUGAUAAUUAAUUAUAAUAGUGAGAUUAUAAAUGAAAUCUACUUAGGAAAUGUUAAUGACUAUAUUAUAGAUAGUGGAACAUCUGUAAAAGGUUUUAUUUGUAUUGAAGAACAUGAUAAAAGAGGAUUAGCAGCAUGGCAUUGGCUUAGUACCCCAGAUAUUACAACAGGAAAAGUGGUGGAACUUGGAAGUGGCGAGUUUAGUGUACCAAACCUAUUAUCAUAUACUUUUGUAAAUAGUUUUAAUUUUAGUUUAGUUGAUGGAGGGAUUGGAUAUGCAUAUAUUCUAAAAUACGAUGAAAUGGGAUCAUCAGCAACAAAUGAUCCAAAUAUUCAAUACUGGAAAAUUUAUGUUUCAUUUUUAAGAGAGGAAACAUAUUCAUCUACAAUACCUUCUCUUAUCUACCAAACUACUACAAAAUUAAAUAGUAUAGCAUUUAAAUCAUGUUUUUAUAACAAUAAUGCAGGAUAUAUAUGUAUUGUAUCAUUAAACAAUACAAUUACAAAUAAGGAUCAAUCAAGAACUGAAGUGAAUUAUUAUCAGUUAGAAUUUUUAACAACUGGAUCCUUUGUACAAUUUGGUAUGGUCCCUAAAGAAAUAAGUAAUACAGGCAAUUUUGAUUUGUCAAGUUUAAUUUAUGGAGGAUUUCUUGUAGAAAAAUAUUAUACAAAUACAAAGGCAAUGAACUUUUAUAUUUUAGAUAAUAAUGGAAAUUAUAAAUCAGGGGGAUCUUUUGGCCCAGAGUUUGUUAUUAUUAGUUAUUUCAGAAAAAAUAGUACUUUAUUGGGAGUAAAGGAAACUGGUAAUAAAUUAGAAUUUUUAUUGAAACCUUUACUAAGAUUGAAUAAUCAAGGUAAGUUUUUAAUUUAUUUUUUACUUUUUAAUUUUAUUUUUUUUUAAUAAAAAAAUUUUUUGAUUUAUAGGAGCUGGAUAUGAUAAUCCUGCAAUUGAAUCAACA